AUGUCUGUUGUUGCCUUCCUAAGACCUGCACAAGAUCUGGACAGCCAAAAUUACAGCUUACAUGGAGCAGAUCACCUCCAGAUCCCACCCCUGAUUGAGGAGAUAUUGGCAGUUGAUUGCUGUGGGGUCUUAAAUCGAGCAAUUCUGUUGUACAACCUUCUCUAUGACUACAGACUCAAAACAACAGAGCCAACCAAAUAUGGACUCAAUCUUCUGAAAGAUGAGCUCCGGCGGCUAGAACGUGUACCUAUAAAAUACCAUUCCUUUGAUCAAAACAUCCCAUAUAUGAAAGGGGAUACACAGCUCACAAAUGAAAAGCAUGCAGAAGAGAAACCUAUUAAUGCUAUCAUUAUAAAUUCAGUAUCCGAAUUCAAUAUCACAGAUGGACCAUCCCAGGAAAGCCCCAAUGAGAAAAACCUGUCAGGAUCGAGCACUUCACUCUCCUCCCUCGAAGAAUGCCAAACGAAAUUUCCCUACCUCCAAACUAAUACUUCAGUUCAUCGGAGAGAUGCUGAUGAGGAGUGUGCCUCCCUGAUCCUCACCUGUCUCUUUUGCCAGUUCUGGGACUGCCUCCUCAUGCUCCCGGACACAUGUGAAACGGUAUGCAUCAACCUGUGCUGCCCCUCCCACAGGUACUACUCCGCCUCGGAUGAGAACCAUCCACGCAAUGAUUGCAACUUGACCUGUGACAUGGACUGCAGCCUCUUUGAAUCCUGCCAUGAGACCAGUGAGUGCCUGGAGCUGGCCAUGGAGAUAUCAGAAAUCUGUUACCGCUAG